AUUUCAAAGACCUCCAAAAGAAGAGCUUAAAUUUGUUUUUAUGUUUGAAUUCUUACAAAUAUACUACCCAUAUAUCAAAGGAACUACUUACUCCCCGAAUCACAACACAAAAGAACAACAGCUUUGAAAGAAAGAACGGAGAAAACUAAGUAAAGCAUCUCAGUGAUUGUUGUGUUUUGAAUUGCAAAACUGGCUAACCCUUGGUGGACAAAUCAAGUGGCCAUGCCGGGCAUCGACCCAGCAGCCGAUUCACUGGUUCUACACAAACGCGACCUUGAAAUCUCAGUAAAUGAAACCAGCAAUAAUAGAAGCAAUGAAGAUGAAGACAGAGAUACUGGCGACGAACCCAGAGAGGGAGCAAUUGAAAUUGACACCCGAAGACCCAGAGGUCGACCUCCUGGAUCAAAAAACAAACCCAAACCACCAAUUUUCAUAACCAGAGACAGCCCUAAUUCUCUCCGUAGUCAUGUCAUGGAGGUGGCUGGAGGUGCUGAUGUGGCAGAAAGUGUAGCCCAAUUUGCAAGAAGGCGACAGCGUGGCGUCUGCGUCCUUAGUGGCAGUGGUUCGGUGGCCAACGUGACACUGAGGCAACCAGCAGCACCCGGUGCUGUGAUGGCACUGCCUGGUAGGUUUGAAAUUCUAUCGUUGACCGGAGCGUUUUUGCCCGGACCAGCUCCUCCAGGCUCAACUGGGCUAACCGUGUACUUAGCUGGAGGACAGGGCCACGUGGUGGGAGGGACUGUGGUGGGGCAACUGGUGGCAGCUGGCCCUGUUAUGGUCAUUGCAGCCACGUUUGCAAAUGCUACAUAUGAAAGAUUGCCUCUAGAAGAUGACGAAGAGACUGCUGGUCAAGGACAGAUCCAAGGGACUGCCGAUAAUUCGCCGCCGCAAAUUGGGAUCAGUGGCCAAAACACUCACACUGCUCUUCCUGAUCCUUCACAAAUGCCUGUUUACAAUCUGCCUCCAAAUCUACUCCCAAACGGCAGUCAGCUACACGAGGCUUAUAGUUGGACUCACAUGCGCCCGCCUUUCUAGAUAGAACUACAAUUUCCAUUUAUAAUUUGAAGGUAGGAAGGCUGUAAGUAUGUUAUUCUUAUCUUAAGGUCUUUUUUUGUGUUACAUAAAGAUAGGCUCUUGAAAGAAGAUAGAAAGAAGGAUUGAGAAGAAGAGGAACCAUGGUUUUCAUUGUACAUUAAUUUACUUGUUCUUUGUUUCACUUCCUUUCUGUUUCUAAUAAAAAUGUUAUCUUCUUAUUAUUCAA